ACAAUGGCCGACUCUUAAUCGUUUUAGGAAUUCCGGUCCCUGCUGCUGCUGCUGCCGACGCGGACCCCGAUGUGACCUCCGAAAUGGGCCUCCAUAAACCCUUCUUUCGUAAGGUCUGCCACUGUUGGAAAUAAGCCCUUCCCCUCUCCCCCCCCUCCAGCUGCUGAUGUCGCACAGGAUCACGAGAAAGUGACAACGUGUCGAGUCUCUCUGCAGAGAGCGAGGGAGGUAGUUGUAUGCAGUUUAUUUCUGGUCAACGGGCAUUACGUCUUUUUAGGUCCUGUGUAACGGGCCGUCCUUCUUCAGUGAGAGACAUUCGAGGGCCAGAAUCUCGACCCCCUAGCCGUGUCACUCUUUUACUGCUCUCUCUCUCUCUCACUCUCACCCUCUCUCUCUCUCUCUCUCUCUCUCUCUCUCACUCUCACUCACUCUCACUCUCACUCUCACUCUCACUCUCACUCUCUCUCACUCUCACUCUCUCUCACUCUCACUCUCUCUCACUCUCACUCUCUCUCACUCUCUCUCACUCUCACUCUCUCUCACUCUCACUCUCGUGGCCUCAGGUGCUGGUCAGGGGCGCAACGAUGGCCGGGACCCCAAGAGACGGAGGACGCCGGUCGUCCCCCCAAUGCAAGCGCAAGCGGCGUCUCUGUUCGAGCCAAACCACGGCAUAUUCGUUGGCACGGUACCUGGAAAGCCGGCACCGACACAGCCUCGCAAGGGGCCCCAAAAAGGCUCAAGGCCUAGACCCUGGGCCUGACAUGACGUCCAUUAUCGGCCAACGCGUGAGAGUGGGGGGGGGCGCAGCCGGAUCGGCUCGUCUCUCGCGCUUCCCAUCCGCCCUCUCCUUUCGCGACUGGCCAGGCGGUCGCCUCUUCUCCUGGACGAUCUCAAUUGAAAAUGGAGGAGGGAAAAAAAGACCUUCUCCCGGACUGCUCCGGGACAUGGCCGCGCCCUGCUGUAUGGCCUUGUCAGAUGGCAUUGUGUCUGUCCCCCCCUGAAAGCCCGAUCCAAUCGCUUACGGGCUCGCGCGUCGUGUCGCCAAACGGCUGCCCGCAUAGAGACACCGGCUCUGGCAGCCCAUAAAGAAAAGGGUACAUGCAGCAACCCCCGGAGGCGAUGGCCGCAAAAAAUUUCCGUUGUCGACGAAGACGAAAGAGAAAAAAAAAAAAAAGAAGAGCCUGUCGGGGGCCAUGUGCGUGAUGCUUUGGGGGGACCUCCUGUUCAGAAGCUCCCUCCCCU